CGGGCUUCGUGGAAAAUUAAAUAAGGUUGUGCUAGCUUACAGCGGUGGCUUAGACUCAUCAGUAAUUGUUCCAUGGCUAAGAGAGAAUUAUGGCUGUGAUGUCGUUUGCUUCACAGCUGAUGUUGGCCAAGGUGAAAAAGAAUUUGAAGGUUUAGAAGAGAAGGCCAAAGCCAGUGGAGCCUCUCAGUUAGUAGUGAAGGAUUUGAAGGAGGAAUUUGUUCGGGAUUAUAUAUUCCCUUGCUUGCGUGCUGGUGCAAUAUAUGAGAGAAAGUAUCUUCUAGGGACUGCAAUGGCUCGCCCUCUUAUGGCAAAAACCAUGGUAGAUGUUGCAAAAGAAGUUGGAGCAGAUGGCGUGGCUCAUGGUUGUACUGGGAAAGGAAAUGAUCAGGUUCAAUUUGAGCUCACAUUCUUAGCUUUGAAUUCCAAGCUUAGUGUUGUGGCUCCAUGGAGGGAGUGGGACAUUACAGGUAGGGAAGAUGCUAUUGACUAUGCAGAGAAGCAUAAAGUGCCUGUUCCUGUGACAAAAAAGUCCAUAUACAGCAGAGACAGAAACAUUUGGCACCUUAGUCAUGAGGGUGAUAUAUUGGAAGACCUAGCAAACGAGCCGAAAAAGGAAAUGUACAUGAUAUCUGUGGAUCCAGAGGAUGCUCCAAAUCAAGCAGAAUAUGUGGAAAUUGGGAUAGAGUCAGGAUUACCUGUUUUGCUUAAUGGGAAGAGGCUUUCACCAGCAUCCUUGCUCUCUGAACUCAAUGAAAUUGGGGGAAGGCACGCUGUUGGCCGGGCCGACAUGAUCGAGAACAGGCUUGUGGGUAUGAAGGCUCGAGGAAUUUAUGAAACUCCUGGGGGAACCAUCCUUUUCACAGCAACACGUGAGUUAGAGUGUUUGACACUUGACAGAGAAACAAUCCAAGUGAAAGAUUCAUUAGCCUUGAAAUAUGCAGAGUUAGUGUAUGUGGGAAAGUGGUUUGAUCCUCUUCGAAAGUCCAUUGAUGCCUUCAUGGAGAAGAUCACAACAACCACAACAGGUUCUGUGACAUUGAAACUAUACAAAGGCUCUAUUACUGUGACUGGCCGGAACAGCCCUUACAGCUUGUACAGGCAAGAUAUUUCAUCUUUUGAGAAUGACCCAAUCUAUGAUCAAGCUGAUGCUACUGGGUUUAUACAGAUAUAUGGCCUUACAACAAGGGUGAGAGCAAUGCUUGAGCAGGGUAUCUAAUACUUCUUUUUCUCCAAUUCUGUGUAUUUUUACUGGGAAAUACCACUGACUUCAUUGUUCUCAUAUCUAUGGUAUCUCAACUUCACAUUCAGUUCCUCUAAUGUGUUUGGCAUCAA